UACAUGUACGUAGGGUUCGUAAAAUGCCCCUACUGAUUUCCAUCCCCUGGGAAAUCUUUGGGGGAUUUUCUCUCUUCUGCAACGAAACCCAACCCUCAAUUCCUUCUAGCUUAAGCAAUUCAUCAUUUUCGUACGUAUCACCGCCUUCGUUUAGUACCAGAUCGCCCUCCAGACCACUUCACUCGUGCUCUUGCAUUUGACCAUAUCCAUCCACGCUUCGACGUAUCGACCGGCCAGCUAGGGCUUUUUUAUCCAGCCGACGUAUACUUAUCGAGUGGUUGAUUGGAUUGCGUUCGUUUUGAAGGGUGCAGCAAUCAUCUGCGGGAAAACCUGUCUAGGGUUUUGUGAUCGCUUUGGGUAGUAGCGGUAGUAGCGAAUAUGGACGGUGCGGAUCAAGUUGAUGGCCGGACAUUCGGGGCUAACUUCACGGUUGACGGCGUGGCGAGGCUGCGAGAGAGGGUGAACGAGAAACUCAAGGAGUUAAUGGGGGAUUACACUGACGACACUCUCGUGGAGUAUGUGAUCGUCUUGCUAAAAAACGGCAGGCGCAAAGAAGAAGCAAGGAAUGAGUUGAACGUCUUUUUGGGUGAUGAUGAUAGUGAUUCUUUCGUGUCUUGGCUGUGGGAUCAUCUAGGAUCAAAUCUUCAUCUGUAUGUGCUGCAGCCUCAGGAGUCCCAUCCAGAUGAAGCUGCCGAAGCGAAAACCAAAAAUGGGGAUCAACGCCGAAGAAAUGAAUCUCGCCACUUGGAUUCCGAUUCUGAAAGAGGAAAGUCUAGUAAAUUAUCCAGAAGUCGGCACAAUAGGGAGUGGAAAAGUUUAGUAAGGAAUGCAGAUGAACCUCCCCCUUUUCAAAGCUCCGGUACGGAUAGCGUUGGCACACAUGAGAGAGCUCAACGCAAAAUCAGUCAAUCAAAGCGAUCUCCUCCUCCACAGCCCUUGAGUCAGAAGAAGAGAAGUCGGCCCGAUGAACAACAAGAGACCAAGAAGGUAGUAGCUUCUCAAGCAACUGUUGGUGCACCUCGAAGGCUGCUUCAAUUUGCAGUUCGGGAUGCUGUGGCCACUUCAAGGCCAUCCAGUUCAGCAUCAGAGCCUGCACUAAAGCGCCUACGUUCUGUGGUUUCUACAUCAUCUGGAGACCCAUCAGUUGAAGGCCAUCCUCGUAGAAUUCGGUCUGUUGCGAGAGUGCCUAAUGCCAUCAUGGCAACUGCUAUUAAAGCUGUUGAAGAGGCUGCCAAGGAUGUCGCUAAAAGCAGAUCUUCAGGAAAUGUGUUUGAUAGACUUGGCGGGGGUAUGCAUGUAUCACAGGUCCGUGACGAACUAGCAGAAUUUGAAGAAGCUGCAGUAGAAGAUGGGGAAUAUGGAGAUUUUAACCAAGUUUUGGAGGGGACCCGUUCAACUUAUCUCCAAAGAAGCAAGUAUGCUGCAGAAUAUGUGGGGGAUAUGACUAUGUUGGAAACUGAAACUGGAAUGGCUUCUGAUUCAGCUUCUGAUAACGAAGUAUACGAUGAUGUCAAUGUUAUGGGCCGUAGGUUUAUGGAUGUUUCUCAGACUGGCACAUCUGGUGGAAAUAAAGGCCAGGACUCCUUGAUGGUGCAAUACAGUGUGGCUGAAAAGAGUGGUGAAAGUACACUGAAACCACGGAAAGAUCAGGACCAACCUGCUCCGGUAGCUAGCAAUUCUCGCAAGAUAGUGAAUAUAUCUGUAAAUGUAAAUACAUGGAAACCACCUCAUUAUCAAGAGCCAAGAGAGGUCUCAGAACUGGAUGGUCGGAAAUCUGUACCGGAGAAUGAGGCAGGUCUGGGCAAAUCUGGUGCUUGGUUGAUGAAAGAGAACAACAAUAUUGUCUCUGCUGGUAAUGGAAAUGCAAAACCUGCUGCAGAUUCUCAGAAAGAGUCUCAGAAGAUGCUCCCUACCACCGCUGGUUUAUAUUCUACUGGUCGGCCAACAGAAGAUCCCGACUCCCGAACCAUUUUUGUUAACAAUGUUCAUUUUGCAGCUACUAAGGAUAGUCUAUCUCGGCAUUUUAACAAGUUUGGGGAUGUGCUCAAAGUAGUAAUUGUGACUGAUGCAGCAACAGGACAACCAAAAGGGUCAGCGUAUGUGGAGUUUAUGAGGAAAGAAGCCGCAGAGAAUGCUUUGUCUCUGGAUGGUACCUCCUUUAUGUCGCGUAUCCUCAAGGUUAUUAGGAAAAGCUCCGCCCAUCAAGAAGCUGCCCCUGUGAUGACAUGGCCGCGAGUUAUGCGCGGAUCUAUGUUUGCUCCCCCAAGAUUUGGGAGAGCUGCUUUUCCAAGAGGGGUUCCUAGCAUAUAUAGAGGUCGGCCCCCAAUCAAACCUGGUGCUAGGAGUUUGCAGUGGAAGAGGGAUGAGAGUGGUGCCACCGCCUCCAUUAGCAGUAGCGUUCCCUCUCCUACCGCCAGAAGUCUCACCUAUGUCCGGCCAGAGCCUAAAGCAAAUGGAAGUUCUGCCGCUUCCUAAUUCACUAAAUUAUCCUUUUUUGCCAUUCUCCCAACUACAACUGCACAAAUUGCAAGUCAUUCAAAGAGAGCUGAAAUUGAACGGAUCAUCAAUUGUCUUUGGGCUAUUGUUCUUCUUUGCAUUGCUGGUGGGGAUGUUAUCUAUAGGGGUAUGAGAGCUCAAAAGAAGGCUUAAGGGUUUCUCACUCUUUCAGUUCUUUUCUUCUUUCUUUCUUUCUUUUCUUUUGGUUUGUUUUUCUUUGGUCUUUUUUAGAGCAAUUGGAAAGGGGACGCUGUCAGUUAUUUGGAUCAAGUGGUUUCAGUUAUUUUCUGCUGUCUGAAAGAUGUGAAUAGGGGAUGGACAAAUUAUUUAUGUUUCAUGUAUCUUUUAAAUAAUUAAAAAAAUGCAAAAAAGCAUAAAAUGAGAGAGAAAUCAAAUUAGUUUUGGUAGAUGUA